AUGAAGUACAUCACCUCCGCCCUCGCAUUCGCUACUGCCGUUGCAGCUCACGGCUAUGUCAACAACGCUACCAUCGGUGGCAAGGAAUACGUCUUCUACCAGCCUUACCAGGACCCUUACAUGACCGACGUGAAGCGUAUCUCGCGGCCCAUCCAGGGCAACGGACCUGUUGAGGACGUUGCCAUCUCUGAUAUCCAAUGCGGUGGUUACGCUGCUGGUGGCAUCAAUGGCUCCAAGCCUGCUGCUCUACAUGCUGAGGCGACCGCUGGCUCUGAUGUUGAGCUCUUCUGGACGCUAUGGCCUGAGAGCCAUAUGGGUCCUACCAUCACAUACAUGGCCAAGUGCCCCGACACUGGAUGUAACGACUGGAUGCCCGAGUCUGCUGCUGUCUGGUUCAAGGUCCAGGAAGAUGGCCGCCAAGGCACUUCAGAUGUCUGGGGCUCCGACGCUCUCCAGGUCCCUGGCGGUUCCGUCACCUACACUAUCCCCAAGUGCAUUGCCCCUGGCUACUACCUCGUUCGCCACGAAAUUGUUGCGCUACAUGCCGCGUACCAGUACCCUGGUGCCCAAUUCUACCCUGGUUGCCAUCAGCUCAAGGUCACUGGUGGUGGAAGCACAAAGCCCAGCGGUCUCGUUUCCUUCCCCGGCGCCUACAAGGGCUCUGACGCUGGCAUCACUUACGAUGCCUACAAGGCCUCCACCUAUACCAUCCCUGGCCCAAAGAAGUUCACCUGCUAA